UUUUAAGACGACCCCUACGUGCUAUAUCAUCGAGGUACCUAUAGUGCAUACAGGGCAGUAUUGGAUAAACUGAAAGAUGGCAGGAACAACAGAUACACCCGCACCACAAGUGGUCUACAGAUUCCUUGGAAAAUCGGGACUAAAAGUGUCAAACAUUUGUCUUGGAACAAUGACCUUUGGCAAAUCAACUGCGAUGGAGCAUGGACCCACACAAAGAGAUAAAGCAGAGUCACAUGCUAUCAUGGACAGAUUUGUGAACCUUGGAGGGAACUUUAUAGACACAGCCAAUGUAUAUAGCAAGGGUUUAUCAGAGGAAAUCGUCGGUACCUGGCUGAAAAAACAAAAACGAGAAAACUUUGUCAUAGCAACAAAAGUCCGUGCUAUGAUGGGAUCAGGUCCAAAUGACACCGGUCUGAGCAGACGACAUAUCCUACAAAUGUGUGAAGACAGCCUUCGACGCCUGCAGACUGACUAUAUUGACCUCUACCAGACUCAUGGUUGGGAUUCGGCAGUCCCCAUAGAGGAAACCCUUCGGGCGUUGGAUGACCUUGUCAGGGGCGGCAAGGUUCGCUAUGUGGGCGUCUGCAAUGUCACAGGCUGGCAGAUGCAGAAGAUUGUCGACAAAGCGGAAGCAAUGGGAAUCAACUCCAUCAUAGGUCUACAGCAACAAUACAGUCUGUUAUGUCGCCAUCCCGAGUUGGAGGAGUUUCAGGUGUGCAGGAAUGAAGGUGUCGGUGUACUUCCCUGGAGUCCAUUGAAAGGGGGAUUGUUAACAGGAAAGUUCAAGCGUGGGGCCAAACCAGAAAGUGACGGUUCUAGGAUUGGGUUUACCGCCGCCAAGGAGUCAAGUAGGUCAGUCCAGAGCAGUCCUGGCUGGAGCAAGUAUGAAGAUAAUGAUUUUUACUGGAACCUUGUGGACGUCAUGUCCAAAAUGGCCAUUAACCAUGGUAAAAGUGUACCCCAGGUGGCACUGAGGUGGCUUCUACAGAAGAAUGUGGUGUCGUCAGUGAUAAUCGGUGUCACCUCAAUCAAACAGUUGGAGGACAAUAUGGGAGCUGGUACGGGCUGGACGCUUACCACAGAGGAGAUGGAUGAACUAGAUAAAACUUCAAGUGUGGAACUGCCUUAUCCCUACGAAUUGGUCUUCCGCCACAAUAAAGACAGGAAAAACCCAUUCCUCGGAACGUCGUCUUUUGUGGAAAAUACACAAGAGUAACAACCAAUACAUAGAAACGCAUCAAGAUUGAUAACCUCAAAAAUAUGUGUCCAAUCCUCAACGUAUUUUUUUUUAAAUUUUAAAUGUUAACCGUUUGGGCAAUAUUUUGGUUUAGGAAUUGCAUUGAGCUUGAUAAGUUACACCUUAGCUACUCAGAAAACAUAUGUUUUCUUGUUAUACCUCCAUGACUCAACAUACCAUAAGAAACCUAAACCUGUAUUAAGUUGGAGCAGUUGCCUGCAUUUUUAAUACCUACUUAAGCAAUUAUCAAUGGAAUGCCCUUUUAUCACCUCGUCUAAAAACAUGAUUAUUGGGAAAUUAAAAUAAAAUCACUUGUAGUUUCUCUUUAUUCCAAAUGAAAAAUGUAACCAUACCAUGUCUUGUCAUUUCGCUAUAUGACAAGCAGAGGUGGAUGCAUAGGACAUUCCCCUUUUUUCUUUCUUUUGUUUCCCCUUGAUCAUAUACAAAUUGAUUAGUUUGAAAACAUUCAGAUUCUUUUUUACAUAUCUGUUAAUCUAUCAAAUCAAUUUAUCUGUGAUAUGCACACUACAUAUUGAUUUAAACAUAUUUUAUUUGUCAUUCAACACUAUACAUGUAUGUACAUUUAUGUAAUCGUGAAAUAAAAAUAGC